UUCGCAUUCGGUUGUAGUUUGACGCUAGCUUGACGCUGCGACUUCAUUGUUUUUAGCAGCCACGUCUCGGGUGGGCAGAUAUGGACAGCCCGGAUAGAUAGCGACAUAUUAGUUUGUUGUAGGUGUAGCCUCAGUGAACACUUCCUCGGGCUGUGUAGCAUGACCUGUAGCACGGCUGGCUUUGCAGGCUCCUCUCGUUUGGGUCCCAUGUCCCAUGCUAAUGUCAAUGUUGAACUUCCUCUUUAACGAGACUCGCUGCUGUGUCGUUGACCGGCUGGGUUCACGGUGUUUUUUGGUCCUCACUCAACCACCCGGAUUCAAAGACAGAUCUGGGGACACCAGAACUCAAAGCAUUUGCAUCCUUUCCUGUAAGACUGAAAGCUGGAUCAAUUGCCAGACCAGUCAGAGGAUGGACUGACAUUUUAAGCUCUCAUCGACCCCCCUCACCUCCCUCCCAUCACCCACCUGUGGGGCCCACGGGGGCCCUCGGGCAGUGGACGAGAUGCCAGGCGGCAGGCACUCUGCCAGGCACUCGAUGUGGCGCCUCCUGUCGCCGUUCGCCACCCGCCAGGAGCGAGUGGUGCUGGCCCGUAGCGAGAGCCUGCCAGGGGAGCAGGUGCUGAAGAUCACGGUUACAGAGACGACGGUUAUCGAGGCAGAGUCGGGGGUGUGGAACUGGCGCUCCAUGACCUACCUGGGCUUGUGGUACUUCUUCAGUUUCUGCACCCUGUUCCUCAACAAGUACAUCCUGUCGCUGCUGGAGGGGGAGCCCAGCAUGCUGGGUGCAAUUCAGAUGCUCUCCACCACCGUCAUAGGCUGCAUAAAGAUGUUUGUGCCCUGUUGUCUGUACCAGCACAAGUCCAGAACCGAAUAUCCGCCCAACUUCAUCAUGAUCAUGCUGUUUGUUGGACUCAUGAGGUUCAUAACCGUGGUGCUGGGCUUGGUGAGCCUGAAGAAUGUGGCGGUGUCUUUUGCAGAAACGGUGAAGAGCUCAGCGCCCAUCUUCACCGUCAUCAUGUCCAGGCUGAUCCUCGGAGAGUACACAGGGCUAUGGGUGAACCUGGCCCUGUUCCCGGUUAUGGGUGGCCUGGCUCUCUGCACAGCUACGGAGAUCAGCUUCAACAUGCUCGGCUUCUCGGCCGCUCUGUCCACCAACAUCAUGGACUGUUUACAGAACGUAUUCUCCAAAAAACUGCUAAGUGGAGACACAUACCGCUUUAGCCCUCCUGAACUGCAGUUUUAUACGAGUGCAGCAGCAGUCAUCAUGCUUAUCCCUGCAUGGGUGUUCCUCCUGGACCUCCCGGUGAUCGGGCAGAGUGGGCGGAGCUUCAUCUUCAGUCAAGACAUGAUCCUGUUGCUGCUUUUCGACGGCGCCCUGUUCCACCUGCAGAGUGUCACUGCGUACGCUCUGAUGGGACGGAUUUCUCCCGUUACCUUCAGUGUUGCCAGUACUGUCAAACACGCCCUGUCGGUGUGGCUGAGCAUCAUUGUCUUCAGCAAUGAGAUCACCAUCCUCAGCGCCUUUGGCACAGUCCUUGUGUUCAUCGGGGUCUUCUUGUACAACAAAGCCAGGCAGAUGCAGAGGAGAAGCUUACAGGCCAUGGCUGCUGAGCAGAACCACAAGCCACUACUCCAGGACCAGGACUUUCAGUCCUCUCAGUCUCACUGAGGACUCUGCACUAGAGACUGAAAUGCUGCCUAAAGUGGGAUCAAGGUAUUAAUUGAAUUCAGGCUGUCAAGAAAAGAUGACUGUAUAUUUGUUUGUCCUUCACCAUGCACACCACUCAUGCUUAUGUUUCCCUGUUUCCACUUAGUGUCACUGUCAUGUCUUAAACUCUGGUGACUGGCUUGGUAAACGUCAGUGCUUGUUUAACUAAGCCAUCACAAGUCCUGUAGAACAGUAUAUACAGUAUUUUUUUGUCCCUAACCUAUUAACAUAGUUUCACUUUAAGCAUCGUUGAUCCUUUGUUUUGUCUGUGAAUAGUCAGUAAAAGGAGAAGCUCAGGGUGUCCUUCAGCUCUGUGAAGGAAGUGACUUCUGUAAGCUUUUUUGUCUUACAUUUGCAUUCCAGAGUAUGCUGGUUUAUCUCUCAUCUGUGGUACAGCUGCUUCUGAUUGUAUGCUAUUGUGAAUAUCUAUAAAGGUGUAGGAUUUUAAUCAUGUGACGGUGUGUCGCACUGUAUUAUACAACGUAAAAAUUGGUCUUGAUUGCCUCAGAAUAUAAGAUGUAAAGAUGGCCCCAGUGCCUGAGAUGGGAGGCCUUGUGGAGGCUCGUCCAGCCAAAGCUUAGACUAGCCGUUUGACACAUUGUUUAAAAACAAUGUGUGGAACACUUAAAAGCCACAUACUGCAUUCUAGGAAUGCUCAUCGUCUAUCAUGAACUGUAGGUGUAGGUGAGGUUUAUGUACCUGCCUUUUCUUCUCGUUUAUUUCUUUGUAAACUGCAUGCUGGGAUGGCAACCCUGAACAGGAGAGGGGCCUCAGAGAAUGAAUGGAGUGAUGGGCUGCUGUAUGUUACACAUUCAUAAUCUUGGGGAAAAAAUAGACCACUGGGGCUUUAUUUUGGUUGCUUGGCCCAUCGGCUCUGUUGCUUUUGUCCGCCAGUCAAAAGAUCAAACAGGUUUUAAACAAACCCCCUAAGGUAUUGAAAUAGGAAAGUAAAUUGUAAAAUGUUACACAAGCAGCCACCAGUUUACAAACCAAAUAGCUCGUUCAACUUUGAACAUCUGUACUCAUUGUACUUGAGAAAUGAGGGGUCAUACGCAACACAAGCUCACAUUUGGUUCCACUGGUUUAGGUGCUGAUUGCCUGACUCUUCAGGUUUCUCACUCUGUUGGAUCUACUUUCAGCAGUGUCAUCACGGUAACCGCAAAACCAGUGGGUCGAACAACAAAACAUAAAAAACCCACCGCAUUAUGAAACCAGUUGCAGGAUUUCUGUAAAACCAAUGACACUGAUGAAAUUGUCAAUUCUAUGACUUAUCCUGUGGUUGUUGUCGCUGCUACUAGCUUCCCAUUAAUGACUUCAUGUGUUCACAGACUUGCAGUCUCAGCUCCUGUGGUGAAUGUGAACUUUCCUCCACAGAUGCCUUUCAGUCAUAGCAACAAAUGAGUACCAUUUUGUCAGCUACAUGGUGCCUAUAAUCCAACAAAUACGUGAAUCCUAUUCUCACUAUACUGCAACAGCCAUACUGCCUCUAAUGCAGUCUGGUCCAGGCUUCUUGAUUGAUUUUUAUUAUGUUCUGAGGUCAGCGACAGACAAAGUCCAUCAGGUGUCUGAUAGAAAUAAUCUGUGUUAAUCAUUCCAAGUCUCGCAGAUAAGUGCUUGAUUCUUUUAUGUUUUUAAUGUCCUUCUUUUGCUGCAGUGCCCAAGAAGCAGUCUUUUAUUUUAUUUUCUGACACAUUUUGAGCCUACACUUAAACAUCUCUUUAAUGGAACCAAAAGGGUUGUCUGACCUGAUUUUUUUUUUUUUUACAUUUCAAAUGUGCUCGUAAUACCUGAUUGAUGUUUCUCAGUCAAGUGCUUAUAAAAUCAAGGCUUGUGCAUACAUAGUUUUUCAGUGUAUUUGUAUCAUUAAAGGUUUUAAAAGUGGAAAGCAUGGAGGUAGGAGAGGGAGUAGUCAUGAACUGUCUGUUUGGGAAAGUGCAAAUCAAGGAUGUCAAAAUAUUAAUUAAGACCAGUCUUUAGCGAGGAUGUAAUGAUGUUUUGAUAAGACUGCAGAGAAUAAAAUAUUUUCUCCUCAGA